AUCGUGAGGUGUGUCUACUGUAGGUCUCAUUUCCGGUUUUGCUCGCGCUGUGGUUUAGCGGAGUUUUUAGUCGGUGUCCACAGGAACGUACGUUUCAAUGGCGUCUACAAGAAAGGAGAAAGAACCGAAAAUGGUUACAGAAGCGUCCAACAAACUAAUCCGUCAGUAUGAAAAUCUCCAAAAAGAGUAUAAGAAAAUCAAAAAGGAGUGUAAACAAAUGCAAGAUGAAAGAGAUGAGGCCCUACGGAAGCUAAGUGAAUUUGAAAAAGUGUCUCACAAAGUGAUUGAGGAGGUGAACAACAUUCAGGAGAGCCUCGAGAUUGAGAAGACCUGCAGAGAGAGCGUAGAAGCUUUGGCCUCCAAGUUGAACAAACAGAACCGGUCUCUGAAGAGGAAGAGUAUGCUUUAUUUAGCCCAUCUUAAUGCGGAUGUCGUUGCUGAGAUCAGUAUUGAUGAUGAGGAAGAUGACGAUUCACAGGAGGAUGUCUGUAACUCCUCUCACUGUCAGCUUGUCAUCACAGAGCUAAGGGAUAAACUAGAGGUGAUCUUGGCAGAAAAGAAGCAGAUAGCUUUUGAUCUGGAGACAACAAGAGGACAGCUCUGUCAAACCAGACAGGAACUCCUGAAAGAGAAACAUGAUAAUACUGUUUUGAUAGCUGAAACAAUCCAACAAAAGAAACUCUUGGGAAAAUACAACAGAGUUUCUCAGUAUGCUCUGGAGGAGUUUGAGACCUUACAGGAGGAUCUAAAGCUUGAGAGAGACCUUCGUUCUGAAGCGGAGAAGUUUGCGCAUGAGAUGCUAAUAGAACAAAAGAAGCUCAAAAGACAAAGCCAGAUGUUGAUUCAGAGUGUGUCUCCAGCCGAGGCGCUUCAGAAAGCUCUGGCAGAGAUCAACACACUAACACACACUCUAGAGACACAGAGACUGGACCAUCAACAACAGAUAAAGGAUCUUGAAGAGCAAAUACAAACCAAUGAAUUAAAAAAACAGCUAAUGACAUUUGAGAGACAAACAGAACUGCUAGAGGAGGAAAGAAAAGAGUGGCAGCACAAAUACACUAAAGCUGAAACCGAAGCCAAGGACCUCAGAUUCAGAGUGGAGGAAUUAAAGAAGAAGCUUCAGCAGGUCUCCAACCCACCACCAUCUGUCCCAGCACCCCCUCCACCUCCUCCUCCACCACCUCCUCCACCACCACCACCUUCUGCUCCAUCAAGUAACCCUCUCAGUUCAUUAUUGUCUAUGCUUCGUAAGAAGAAAGAUGUCAACACUGAAAUCCCAUUAGUGGAGAAGGACUCUUCUGAAAAAGCCCCAGAGAAGGACGUAAGACAGCAGGCCGUAGAUGAGAUGAUGCAGCGAAUUAAAAGAGGGAUCCAACUCCGACCUGUUUCCCAGACAGCCAACAGAAACAGACCAGGACCGAAAGAACAAACACCGUCAAGUUCUGCUAUACAGGAGCUUAAAGGAAUUCUGAGUUCUGUUACACGUCCAGGCCCCUCCCCCUUGUCUGGGGCCGCCCUUUCAUCGUCACCUCCAAAAUCCGAGCUUGAGAAAGCCCUGCUAAGACGGAGGGAAGCGCUGAAGACUUCACAGACUAACACAACCCCCAGUAGUGAUUUAGAUGUGACCCAAAUCAAGGAAACCCAGACAGAACCAGGCCAAAGCUUAAACAACCAGGACACACAGCACAGCAACCACAACUUACACUGACUGUACACUGAAAACCUGGGGCACAAGAAAAGUUAAGGAUCUCAUGGAACUGCUGGUCACACACACACACACACACACACAAA